UUGUAGCCUGCGAAAGAUAAGAUACUCCAGGCAGGUUUAAAACGCUGUAGUGCUUUUAGCAAUACGUCGAUAUUUAUUUAUUUUAUGCCAUAUCUGGCUACUUAUACGUAACAAGGGGGUAAUGUGUUUUUUGCAGAAAAAGUGCGGUUAUAAAUUCAGACACUGCUUAAAGGGACAGUACAUAAAGAAUAUAAACAAAAAAGAAAGCAAUAACUUAAAAGAAGCCCUAUUAUUAAUAUAUAAGAUUCGGCUUUCUAAAAUAGGUCAGUUUGGUGAUGGUCACUUUUGUAUGUUUUUUACAGUACAGUACUGGAUGUGUUCUCCACAGCAAGAAGAAGGCCGUUGGUGUUACCUACAGUGUUCCAUGAUUCCCUGGGCUACAAUAAUAUUCGUACUUAGAAAUACACAAAUGCGAGUAAAACAGCUAUUUUAACUCUUUUCAAAAAGCUGAAGAUGGAUAACGACCUGAAACUAAGUGAAAACGCUAUUGGAUGGUUUAGCAUCCAGAGCACAACCAGUCCGAUGUACUCUGGGCUCUACAGAUCCCUGGGAUGAUGCUGCGCGGGACGGCCUGAGCGAAGUGCAACUCUUUCUUUAACGCUACCCACAAACUGAGUGUGUGACACUGACCCGGACGUGUUUUGCCCGUAUACGUGUGGACUGAAGCGCGCGGUGGGGGGGGUGUUUUUAGCACUGACCCGGAAGUGUUUUCGCCGUUCCCACAUGUGGACUCCGGGGUUGUGGUACGGACGGGGAGCGUGUUCGUGUUGGGCUCCCGGAAAGACAGCUUGCGCCGCGAGAGCAUGAGCCGCUGAGGCGGAUUACACGCUGAGCAUUGCCGCGAGAGCGACGAUAUUUUAUUUAAAAAGAAAAAAAAAAAAAAGAGAAGAAGAAAGGAAAAAAAGCACAUGAAUUGAUGAAACAAUGGAGCAUUUGGAGCUGAACGUGUCAGCGCUGAGCAUCGUCUCGAAGCACACGGAGAAGAGCCGCAGCGAGCUGGGGAAGUACUUGGCGAAGCAGAUAUGGAAUCAGCAGGACCGACAGGCCAUCCUGACAUGCCUGGCUAAGCUCCUGCUGGAGAAGGACUACACGCUGCUGAUCGCCCGCCAUUUUCGGCCCCUUGUCCUGGACCUGCUGGAGAGGAACGCGGAGAGAAUUAAAGUGGACGGCAGGAUAAACCACGACCAACACGAGCGACUGUGUGUGGCUCUCAGCAAGCUCCUGAGCAUCAGCCCAGAUGCGCAGCUAUUUGCUUCUAGGUACUUUCAGGACACCCCUCCGGUCUUUCAGAGGCUCUUUUUCACCAGUACCGAGUCGUCUUCUGUCCAGUAUGGCCCCAGGCGCAUGAAGCUUCGUGACCUGAUGGGCGCCACACUGCGCUUCCUGCAGAGCGACUGUGCAAAAUACAGAGAGCUGUGGGACUGGAGUGCCUGCGUCUCCCAGCUGCUCACCAGCGAUGUUGUGGUUCGAUGGUACACAGCUCAUUGCCUGGCCUUGGUGUCGCACAUGACCGAUAAUCAGAAAACAAUCUUUCUGAGGAAAGUCCUGUCGAGUGAAGAGAUCCUGCAUCUCAAAAUAAAGUCACUGGAAGAAGUGCAGCAGCUAGAGGUGGAGAAAGCCCUGGUGUUGGCUAAUCAGGCCUCUGUGACUUGGCGCAAGGAGAAAGUGAACAAGUUCACGAGGGGCCGGGUGGUUUCGCACGACCUGUCCCAGAACGUUGUUGCUGUCUGUGGCGUGGUUUUGCCUAGGAAGACGCACAAGCUGCAAGAGCCUGGUUACACAAAGCCGCUGGUGCUCGUGGAUUCGACUGCCAAGAACCUGCGUAGGCUUGCCCUGGCUGUGGCGUCUCAGAAGGCCGUUCUGCUGGAGGGCCCCAUUGGAUGCGGUAAAACGGCUCUCGUGGAGUACCUCGCUGCAGUUACGGGACAUGUCAAGUCUCCAGAAAUUUUAAAGGUGCAACUGGGAGAUCAGACUGACAGCAAGAUGCUGCUGGGAAUGUAUCGGUGCACUGACAUUCCUGGGAAGUUUGUGUGGCAGCCUGGCACUCUGACACAGGCUGUGUCCAAGGGGCACUGGAUCCUCCUGGAGGACAUCGACCAUGCGCCCUUGGAUGUGAUCUCUGUGCUGCUACCCCUCAUGGAGAACCGUAAGAUGAUGAUCCCAGGGCGGGAUGACUGCAUCGAAGUGGCACCAGGAUUUCAGUUCUUUGCCACAAGAAGGAUGUUUUCCAGUGGUGGAGGGUGGUACCGCCCACAGAACACUCACGCUGCACUUUUGGACAAGUACUGGACCAAACUGCUAAUGGGAAACAUGACAAGAGAGGAACUGAAGCAGGUGCUGCUGGAACGAUACCCGGUUCUGAACAUGGUUGUGGAACGUCUGUUGGACAUCUACUGUCAGCUGACAGGGGACAAGCAUCAGGGCACUGAAUCAACCGGAACCUCUCAGCAUGACAGCCCACAGAGUGUGGACGACAGGGUGGCAGGUCUGGAGGUCAGAGGCCUGUCCCUCAGGGAUCUGCUGAAGUGGUGUGAAAGGAUUGCACACAACUUUGAUGGCACCUCUUCAGACACAGCACAGAGGGUCUUUCUUGAGGCCCUUGACUGCUUCACUGCCAUGCUGCCCAGUCCAGAGAGCAGGCUGCGGAUGGCCGAGGUUAUUGGAAGCAAGCUCAAUAUCUCCAAAGAAAAGGCCCAUCAUUUCUGCCGCUCGUACCAGCCAGGGAUUAGCGUCAUGGAGCUGGAAGUCAUAGUUGGGCGAGCUGCUGUGCCACGGAGACAGGGUGAAGCGGUCCGACUCCGCAUAGAGAAGCAGACUUUUGCUGCCACGCGGCCCUCCUCUGUUCUCCUUGAGGAAUUGGCAGUGUGCGUGAACAAGGGCGAGCCUGUCCUUCUGGUGGGGGAGACAGGUACGGGUAAGACGUCCACUGUGCAGCACCUGGCGUCCCUCACAGAACACAAACUGAGGGUAGUCAACAUGAACCAACAGAGUGACACGGCUGAUCUCCUUGGAGGCUACAAACCAGUGGAUCAUAAGCUGAUCUUGCUGCCGCUGCGUGAGGCCUUCGAGGACCUCUUUUCCCAGACGUAUUCCCGCAAGCAGAACCUCACCUUCUUGGGGCAUGUGCAGACUUGCUUCAGGAACAAGCGUUGGCAGGACCUACUGAAGCUUAUGGACCACGUCUGCAAGUCAGCCCUCACCAAGGAGCUGCACGAAAAGCCCAAUGUAACCUUGUUGAAGGAGCAGUGGGAAGCUCUGGCCCUGAGACUGAGCCAAACCCAACAGCAGAUCAGAGCCUGUGAGUCAGCACUGGUCUUUGCUUUUGUAGAGGGAACUUUGGCCCAGGCAGUGAAGAAGGGUGAGUGGAUCCUGCUGGAUGAGAUCAACCUGGCGGCUGCUGAAACCCUGGAGUGCCUGAGCGGCCUGCUGGAAGGGACCGGGGGAUCACUUGUUCUUCUGGACAGGGGUGACACAGAAGCCCUUGUUCGUCACCCGGACUUCCGCCUGUUUGCCUGCAUGAAUCCAGCCACAGACGUGGGGAAACGCAAUCUGCCCCCGGGCAUCAGAAACAGGUUCACUGAACUCUAUGUGGAAGAGCUGGAAAACGAAAGGGAUUUGAGGACACUUGUCUCAGACUAUUUGAAAGGCUUGAGCCUCAACAAGAGUGUUGUUUCUGGGAUCAUAAGCUUCUACCUGGCGGUGCGACGUGAGGCACUCUCACGGCUGGAGGACGGAACAGGUCACCGACCACACUACAGCCUAAGGACGCUGUGCAGGGCAUUGAAGUAUGCCGCCUCCAACCCCUGUCACAGCGCUCAACGCUCACUGUAUGAGGGCUUUUGCUUGAGUUUCCUCACCCAGUUGGAUAGAAGCUCUCACCCAGUGGUACAGAAACUGGUGUGUCAGCACAUCCUUGGUGGAAACAUCAAAUGUCUCAAACAGCCAAUUCCAGUGCCCGCCGACAGGCAGUGUGUGGAGGUGGAGGGAUACUGGGUGACCCAGGGGGACAUGGAGCUGGCAGUAGAUCAAAGUUACAUCCUUACUGCAUCAGUGAAGCUCAACCUGCGGGACCUGGCCAGAGUGGUGUCGGCUGGAACCCACCCAGUCCUCAUCCAAGGAGAGACUUCAGUGGGAAAGACCAGCCUAAUCAAAUGGCUGGCAGCGGCCACAGGGAACCAGUGUGUGAGGAUCAAUAAUCACGAGCAUACUGACAUCCAGGAGUACAUUGGCUGCUACUCCUCUGACAGCAGAGGAAAGCUGGUCUUCAAAGAAGGGGUGCUCAUCGACGCCAUGAGGAAAGGCUACUGGAUCAUCCUGGAUGAGUUGAAUCUGGCACCCACGGACGUUCUGGAGGCCCUAAACCGUCUCCUGGACGACAACCGAGAACUCUUCAUCGCCGAGACCCAGGAAGUAGUGAAAGCUCAUCCAAGGUUCAUGCUGUUUGCCACUCAGAAUCCUCCUGGCCUCUACGGUGGCAGAAAGGUGUUAUCGAGGGCCUUCAGGAAUCGUUUUGUGGAGCUGCACUUUGAUGAGUUGCCCCCUGCAGAGCUGGAGACGAUCCUUCACAAGAGGUGCAACCUCCCCCCUUCUUAUUGCACCAAACUUGUCAAAGUCAUGCAGGAUCUGCAGUCCCUGCGUAGGGGAUCCACAGUGUUUGCCGGAAAGCACGGAUUUAUCACUCUGAGGGAUCUGUUUCGCUGGGCUGAACGAUAUCGGCUGGAGGAGGAGACCAAUACCUCCCGUGACUGGCUGCAGCAUUUAGCAGAUGACGGGUACAUGCUGCUGACAGGCCGGGUGAGGAAGACGGACGAGGCGGAAACCAUUCAGAGGAUCUUGGAGAAGCACUUUAAGAGGAAGGUUGACCCUGUCGAACUUUUCUCAGAGCGCAGGGUCGCCUUGCAGUUCAGUCCCUUUGUGGCAAACAUGGCAGAUGUGCCGGAGGAAUUCCGACACGUGGUUUGGACGGAUGGCAUGAGGAGGCUAGCGGUACUGGUAGGACGGGCCUUGCAUUUUGGGGAGUCUGUCCUUCUGGUGGGAGACACUGGCUGUGGAAAAACCACAAUUUGCCAGCUAUUUGCCGCCCUGGCAGGACAGAAGUUCUUCUCCCUGAACUGUCAUCUCCACAUGGAGACGUCUGACUUCCUAGGAGGGCUACGUCCAGUCAGACACACUGGGAUGGAGGAGAUGGAUGCCGAAGAUGGCAGACUCUUCGAGUGGCAUGACGGUCUUCUGGUCCUGGCCAUGAAGGAGGGGGGUGUCUUCCUGAUGGAUGAGAUCUCGCUAGCUGAUGAUUCUGUACUGGAGAGACUCAACAGUGUCCUGGAGACCGAGAAAACUCUGGUGCUGGCUGAGAAGGGCAGCGGUGACAAUGAUGAUGUGGAGCUUAUCACAGCAAAGCCUGAUUUCCGCCUCCUAGCCACUAUGAACCCUGGUGGGGAUUUUGGGAAAAAGGAGCUCUCACCGGCCUUGAGGAAUCGGUUCACUGAGAUCUGGUGCCCUCAGAGUAACAGCAGGAGUGACCUGAUCCAUAUCAUCCAGCACAAUCUACAGCCUGGACUCUCCCUGGGUCCCCAGGACCACAAAGGAAAAGACAUUGCGGAGCUUAUGCUGGACUUCAUCGACUGGUUGACCAGCCAAGAGUUUGGACGUCGGUGUAUCUUGAGCGUGCGGGACAUCCUGUCCUGGGUGCACUUUAUGAACACAGUGUGUAACCGGCACUCUGGGUUGCCCACGCUCAUGGUAGAGGAGCGAAACAAAUGGGAUUGCCGGCUAGACACGGUCACAGUGUUCGUGCAUGCAGCCUGUCUCAUAUACAUUGAUGGCAUUGGUUCAGGCACAACUGCGGCUGCAGCAGAAAAUGCCCUGGUGGCUCGCAGGGCUUGUCUUGGGUUCCUCCGGAAAGCUCUGCAAGGUGUGACAUGCCUAGAAGAGAACGAGGAUGUGGCCAACUCUCUUCUAAUGUACGACAUAAGCCUGCCCAGGGAGCCAUGCUGGGGGGAAGACUACUUUGGCAUCAACCCAUUCUACAUCUCAACAGGGCCAGAGAGCGAGUCUCGGAAUCUGGCCGACUAUGCCCUGGCAGCUGGCACCACAGCCAUGAAUGCACAGCGACUUCUACGGGCACUGAAGCUCCAGCGACCGGUGCUCUUGGAGGGAUCACCUGGUGUUGGCAAAACUAGCCUGGUGGCAGCAUUGGCCAAAGCAUCGGGUCACCAUCUUGUCAGGAUCAACCUCUCAGAACAAACUGAUGUGACUGACCUGUUUGGGACAGACCUGCCAGUAGAGGGUGGAAAAGGAGGAGAGUUUGCGUGGAGGGAUGGACCCCUCCUGGCUGGAUUGAAAGCUGGUCACUGGAUUGUCCUGGAUGAGCUGAAUCUGGCCUCACAGUCAGUUCUGGAAGGGCUGAAUGCAUGCUUUGACCAUCGUGCCGAGAUCUACAUACCCGAGCUGGGCAUGACUUUCCAAGUACAGCAUGAGAAGACCAAGAUCUUUGGGUGCCAGAAUCCCUUCACCCAGGGCGGGGGUCGCAAGGGACUCCCAAAGUCCUUCCUCAACAGAUUCACUCAGGUGUACGUAGACCAGCUCUCCAGCGAAGACAUGGAGUUCAUCGGCAGCUCCAUCUUUCCGUCCAUAGACGACCACAUCAUCUCUAAAAUGGUGCAAUUCAACAACCAGCUUGUUCAAGAAGUAGCUAUUGAGCGGCGGUGGGGCCAGAAAGGAGGCCCCUGGGAGUUCAAUCUGCGUGACAUGUUCCGCUGGUGUCAGCUGAUGCAAGCUGACCAGUCCCCAGGCUUCUACAACCCUGGCCAGCAUGUGGGUCUUGUGUAUGCUGAUCGAAUGCGGACAGAGGGCGACAAGGCACAGGUGCUCUCUGUGUUCAGAAAGGUUUUUGGUGAAGACUUUGAACCUUAUACUGGCUCUCGGCAGUUCCACAUCACACCUCUUAAUCUUCAGGUUGGAUACUCAGUCCUGUCCCGCAGUGGCGGGCCCCUUGUUUCUCUGGACCCCCCACUCUUCAUGAUGCACCAGGCUCUCAGGCCCCUGGAGUCCCUGAUGAAGUGUGUGGAGAUGGGCUGGAUGGCAAUACUGGUGGGCCCCACAGCCAGUGGGAAGACCAGCCUGGUUCGUUUGCUGGCCUUGCUGUCUGGGCACCGCCUCAGAGUGAUGGCCAUGAACAGCUCCAUGGAUACCACUGAGCUGCUUGGAGGUUUUGAACAGGUGGAUAUCAUGCAACCGUGGCAGCGGGUUCUGGAGAGCGUGGACUAUGUGGUGGCCAUGGUGACGCGGCGUGGCCUCAUGACUUUGGAUGGGGCGGUUCAGGACACAGAGUUCCUGCUGAGGAAUUGGAGCGUGUUCCGCAGGUGGUUGAAAGAGGAAAAGUUGGUGGGCCCAGAUGGAGGAGUCACCUUUGAGGCAGUCAACAAACUGGAGGUCAUCAUUUCGCUCCUGCAGAAACUUAACACCAAGCUCAGAGUUUUUGCAGACAUGUCCAAGCUACUGCUGGAGUUCACACUCCUCAGGGAAAGGCUUGCCCAGGUGCAGGACGGCCGGAGCCAGGGUGGAUUCGAAUGGCUGGACGGGAUGCUAGUCCAGGCCCUACAGGCUGGUGACUGGCUGCUCAUGGACAAUGUCAACUUCUGCAGUCCCUCUGUGUUAGACCGUCUGAAUGCUCUCUUAGAGCCUGGAGGGACCCUGACCAUCAGUGAGCGAGGGGUCAUUGAUGGCACAACCCCCAGCAUCACUCCACAUCCCAACUUCAGGCUGUUUCUGAGCAUGGAUCCUUCUCGUGGAGAGAUCUCCAGAGCCAUGCGGAACAGGGGAGUGGAGAUCUACAUCUCUGGGGAGCAAGAGGGCACAUGCUGGGACUCACUGGACCUAAAGACGGUGCUGCAUGCAGCUGGUGUGACCGGAGACUGUGUGUGCGAUCUGCUGAUUGCCAUUCACACGGACGUCAAGGAUACCAUCUGGGAUUCCCCAGCCUCUUCAGUCCUGUCUGUGCUCCAUGUUGCCACCCUGCUGUCCAGUCAGCUGCAGAGAGGUGUGGAACUUUCCAGCGCUGUCCACCACGCCUGUGCCGAAGUCUACUCUCUGUGCCAGCGCACAGUUGCUAGUCAGAAGCAAGCCCUUGAGAUCAUCGACAAGCAUCUCUCCACACUAAAUGCAGAAGACUGGGGGAGUGGCCUGCUGUGUGCGGGGGUCUGGCCACAUUCCCUCCCCUCUGCUCUGCUCUCUGCAGAAGAUUCCUGCUUCUCCACUGUCCUGAGGGAUGGACAGGUGCUGUCAUUUUGCCUCAACACCCUCAGCCUACAAGGCAAAAGGAGUCAGCCGCUGAUCCUGAGUGACCUCCAGAUGGUCCUGCAAGGCGGACCUUCACUGGAAGGUCAGCUGUUUGCCGGCAUCAGGGAGGUGGAAGGAGCGAGCUCCAUGCUCUGCCUGCUGCCCACAGCGGUACGGCUGGUGACAGAGAAGGCAUCCCACAGUGACUGGGUCCUCAGAACCAGCUGGCUCUCCCACCUGGCCAGGACCUAUGAACAGGUUCUGGAGGAGGCUCUUGUCCAUCUGGAAGCUGGAACUCGAGCCUUAAAGGCAGUGUUCUGUAGCAAGCUGGCAGUCAAGGGCAAGAACCUUACGGAACUCCUGCAGCCCCACAGCACAGAUGAUUACAGGAUCCUGGUGGAUAUGCGCUGGAACAAACAGUACCUGGACAUUUUAGCCAACACUUGUAAUUUUGAGGACGAAGAGCGAUACAUGGAGUUCAUGGAUGCAUUGAAUGCCGUAGCCAACCGGAUAAUACUGCUGAUGGACAGAGAGGAACAAGCUGCUGUUGGUUCUGCUGCUAUGAAGACUUCCCCUCACAACAGUGCCCUGCGACUGGCUACGGCUUUUUCCAAAGGGACUGUGGACUUUGGUCGCCUGCCCCACCCAGUCGUGGCCCACCUGCGUCCCUUCUUUGAGCUGUGGGACUCCUUUGUGCUGCAGGCCGUGGAGACAGGACAACCCUAUGUCUCGGACCACCUCAUGUUCGAGGUGCUGCAGCUGCUGCGAUGGCGUGACCGGUUCUGGAACAUAUGCAGCUCACUGGCUGCUGAUGCCAGAGGUGUGUCUCUCCUCUCCCUGCAUUGGCAUUGGGUCCAGAAGCACCUCAUCUACAGGAUACCCCAGCUGCUGCUGGGAGACAGCAGCCACGACUGUCAACAGGAGCUGGAGGCAGUAUCUACCAGCAUCCAGAACUGUCUGUCCAGCUCAGGUUUCAUAGCUCCUGCUUUGAAGAGGAUCCAGAAGAUGCUGGGAAAGCCACUACCGUACAAGCUGGAGACUGUGGCUGAAUGCAUGAGUCAGCUGAACGCUCUGAACAAAGUGCUGGAUGUGGGCAGCCUACGGAUGGAUCGCACUGAAGCCCUAAUGAGACGGGAAAUCCUUCGGCUUGAAGUUGCAGCCUUCGGGGUAGACACCAAGAAAGGACUGCUAGAAGCCUGGAGCCUGGUCCUACAGGCCAAUCAUCAACUGGAGCCACACAUUUCUGGUGUUUUCGAGAGGCUGGGGUCCUGUGUAGAGCAGCAGCGCAGUCACCUGUCCUCGUCUGGCCUACUGGUAGCCCCUCCUGCCGGGCCAAGUGAGGACGGUGAGCCUGGGGCCAGUGCCAUGCUCAGCCGGAGGGCCCAGCAAAGGCUUUCUCGCAGGGUACAGCUGUGGCCCUUGAUGGAGGAGCUGGCCCUGCUGAACCAGCUGAAGCUAACUGUUGACCUACUACAGCUUCCACUCCAGCAAGGAUCAACAGAUAUAGAGGCCGACUUAAGACAGCGCAUCUCUCAGCACCUUCAGUUCUGCCUGCAGUCCACCCCAGUGAAUGUGAAACAGCUUGUGCCACUUUGGCUCCUUCAGAGCAGCAAAAGGCCUGCAGAAGAGCUGCAGUUUAUUAGCUGUGAGAUGCUGUCCGAGGUCCUGGGUGCUUGUUGGAGCUGUAGUGUGACCUCUGACCCCGAGCGCUGGCUGAAGUGGAGUCCUCAGUGUCCAGAGGAGAAGGCCUCACAAUCGCUACUGAGUCCUGCAGACAGGGGCCCUGCAAUGUUGACUGGUGCGGUACGGUCCCGCUGCGUGCAGGGAAUCCUGAGUAGCAGGGAGGUAGGGGCCAGCUGGGACCCCACAGGCAGCGGGCUGCUGGCCUCUUCUAAUGUGACCCUGGGUGAGUGGCAAGAGAGAACAGGUCAGCUACAGGACCUCAGUGCUGCACUCUGGGACAACAUGGCCCUGUCCACCCUGGCUGACCUCCGGACCACUGACUAUCGGCUGCAGGGCCUUGUGCUGCGCAUGUUGCUCCAGUCCCUGACUGAGCUGCUGCCCCUGAGCCUCCAGGAGGUCUACACACAGAACUGCGAGAGCCUUACUGAGGGGGUGGAGCCUGUGGUGGCUGCGCAACAAGUGCUCGCUGUGCUCGGCAAAGGUUUGCCCGCCAGUGCGCUGCCCAAAGGUUUUAUCACCACGGCGACUAUCUGCCUGGAGCAGUACGUCCAGAACUGGGGUGAGGAGCCGGCACAGCUGGUUUGUUCCGGCGUGUUCUGGGUCAACAUGGGCCUGCUACAAAUCCAAGUGUGGACACCUCAUACCAUCUUUGACCCAGCAGUGAAACGGGCCUACAAACUCAACUAUGCCAAAGAAGAGCUGGCCUUGCUGGAGGAGGAAUGGAGGGGUCGCAGCCUGUCCUCUCAGCUACUCACGGGCGCGGAGCUGGAGGAGAGCAGUGCCACCGACUGCUUCCAGCAUCCUCGCAUCAGGUACUUGUGGAUCAGGAUGCAGCAGGUGAAAGAGCAGAUCGACGAGUUGUCCAGGAAGCAGGCGUGCCGCCCCAAAGAGGCCCAGUACAGCCAGCUCUACCAAGAGCUACAGCACUACCUGGGAAGCAUAGGGCAGCCUGCUGCCAUCCAGGGCCUGCUCUCCCAGCUGCUGGAGGCACUCCCAGUGGCCAGGCCCCAAGCAAAGCCAAGGAUUCGCGCUCUACUGAAGGAGGAGGAGGUGUGGCAGGCCUCACAGUGGCGUUUCCUGGGCCGCCUGCUGGAGGAGUACCCUCUGUACCCAGAUGUAGUGGGACCCCUGCGGGCCGCAUUUCUGCAGAUGCAGCAUGGCAUGCGGUUGGUGGCAUCACAGCUGUCCUCCUCUCUGGCCUCUCCGCCAGGCUUGCAGGGACUAGUCUCCUGCCUGCUGGCCUUCCCCCUAGCCUCGUCUGGCCCGCCCUCUUACCUGGCUCGUGCUGACUACCUCUGCUCCCGGGCCUGCCUGGACGUCCUGCAGGAUCUGAAGAAGCAUCUUCCGGAGUCAGAACCAGGACAGGUGCUUCCAGAGCCUUCCACCAUGCUGAUGAAUGCACUCCUAUAUGUGCAGUACCAUGUCCUCUCCACAAGAAGUCUAGGUCAGGAUGCCCUCAGCCUCUUCAGACAUAUCUGUCAGGCUCUGGUGAACACAUGGGAUGAACAGGAACAACGUGCUAGGGAGAAGGAGCAGCUGGAGGCUAGUUUGUACCGCAAUCGCACCCGCAGCCAGCUGCACGGGACUGGACUAAGCGAGGAGGAGCAGGAGGAGAGGGAUUUCAGACACAGCUUUCCCCAGUUUGACAAGGACUUUGCCGACAUCACUUCCCAGCCCAGUCUGGAGCAGCCAGCAGAGUCUAUGGCGGAGGUGGAGGGCCUGGAGGCAGAGCCUGGUGACAACACCUCCCUCUCGGCAGCUUGCUUGUACACGUUGGUGCAGGUCCAUCAGAGGUUGUGUCUUGGGUUUGCUUCAUCACUCUGGUACCGGAAGAGUCCCCCAGUCAGUCAAAGCAGAGAUCACAUCGGUCCUCUGGUGUCCUCCUAUCAGCUAGCGGCCCCUGUGAUGUCACGCUUCUAUUACCUGUUGGACUCUGAGAUGAACCAGCAGCUGGUUGGGUCUCAGCUUGUACUCAGCACCCUUCUUCAGAACACAGUGCGGGGCACUGGCAGGGAGAGCGACCUGCACCUCCAGUCUGAAGGGCCCUACGAUUUCUACCAGCACUCCAACAUGAGGGAGGCUUGCCGCUGCCUUCCAGUCCUGGAGCAGAUGGCUGCUGCUGUUGAACAACGGCUGGAGGAAUGGCCGGAGCACCCAGCCCUCAUGCAGCUGAUGGUGGUGAUUGAGCGAAUCAUGGGCUUCAGUCUGUCCAGUCCAUUGGCCAAGUUCCUAAAUGGCCUGGAGAUCUUGCUCAACAAAGCCCAGGACUGGGAGAACAACGCUAGCCGAGCAGUGUCCCUAAGGAAGGAGCUGGAGGCCGUCACACAGCUUAUCAUUGAGUGGCGCAAGCUGGAGCUCAACUGCUGGUCCAGCAGUCUGGACAACGCCCUGCAGCGCCACACCGAGAGGUCAACAAAGCACUGGUUCUCCAUCUACCAGCUCACAGAGAGGUACCUCCAGGAACACGGAGCAGACGCUGCCACAGCAGGAGAUAGUGUGGAUAGCCUGUCCAUCUCCUCGGUGUCCUCCACUUUGCAGGCCUUCAUAGAGGGCUCCUCGCUGGGGGAGUUCCAUACCCGCCUGGAAAUGCUUCUCACCUUCCACUGCCACCUGCUGCUGGCUUCUUCACAGGAAGCCCAGGCUUCUCUGAGUGGGCUCUUCUGGAAUCUGUACAAGUACUACAGUCAGUUCUCAGAGAGCAUACAUGCCAAAAUCACCCAACUGCGGCAGCCGAUCGAGAAAGAGCUCAAGGACUUUGUCAAGAUUUCCAAGUGGAAUGAUGUCAACUUCUGGUCCAUAAAGCAGUCUGUCGAGAAAACCCAUCGGACCCUGUUCAAGUUUGUGAAGAAGUUUGAAGCAGCACUUAGCACUCCAUGUGCCCUGGAGUUGGUAGAGCAGGGCAACAGCGCCAACCUGGACAGCAUUGACUCCAACACUGAGGAGACUCCACUCCACAGGCUGCACCAAGUGCUGAAGAGAGCCCUCCCAGGGAAGAGUCAAGAACUGCAGGUUGAUGUGUCCGAGGAAGGUGCACCCAGCCUCGAUCCCUCAUUGCUGCAGAGCCGUCUGCCCUCCCUCACCAAGAAGAUGAGGAAGAUGUGCGUGCAGCUCGCAAAGAAGAGCUCUCUGUCUGAGCUAUCGGAAGACCUGGAUCAGUUCACCGCCGAAGUGAUCAGGAACAUGCGCGAGCUCCAGAGUCUGGCUGUGAACCCAUCUGCAGAGAAGGAGAAGCAGAAAUCUGAGGCCAAGCACAUCCUGCAGCAGAAGCAGAGAGCGCUUUCCGAUCUCUUCAAGAUGCUAGCACAGAUUGGCCUGUCAUACCGCAAAGGCUUAACGUGGGCACGCAGUGCCAGCCAAGAGGAGACGCUGUGUCUACCGCCCCUGGAUGUGGCCACUGCCCUGUCCACCGUCAGGACAACUGAGGAGACUGAGAAAAAGCUCUUCGAGGAGAUGAUGAUGGCAUGGGAGGGCUGUGAGAAGUACUUCUAUCGCUCAUGGGCCCGGAGGAACGCACUGCAGACUGCACUCCAGAGUGCGGCCAAGGAGCUGGGCUUGGGCAAUGUGGAGCGCUGUAGAGGAUUCUCCUCCCAUUUGCUGAAGCUGUUACUCAGACAGAGGCGCCGUCUCACUGGGCUUACGGAACAGUGGGUCCGAUUCAGGCAGCUCAUUGGAUGCCUGCAGGGGGUGCAGUCCCACUUGGGUGCCACUGGGGACAGAGAAGGUGCCCUGCCUCCACAGGAGUCCCUGAAGGGGUGGACAUGUCGGGCUCAGUCCCUGGCCACGCUAUGCACCCUGGUCUUGGAACAGCUCUCCAUGGUGCUCCGCUGCUGCCCUGAAGGAACAGACCCGGCCGAUGGUCCCCAGGGGCCCACUCUGAGGUACCUGUCUCCCCUGGACAAGCACUGCCAGCCCCUGGGAUGCCAGAUGAGGAGGGGAGACCCAUCCUGGGUGCAGGCAAUGCAGAAGGUGUCUGGGAUGUUGGCUAAGACCAAAGCGCUGAAGGCUGAGCUGGAUGAGUUGAUGCAGCAGUCUGCUGCAGAGACCCUGCACACCUGGACCCACUUCACAGCGUGCUCCUUGGGGCUGGACUGUCUCAGCACUGUGGUGGCUCAGAUGACUGCGGUGGAGGAACUCUUCACCCCUGUCCUGCUCGAGGGAGCUGCAGGGAGCCGUGGUCAGCCUGCCCUGAAACGCAGCCUACAGCAUGUGCGGGGAGAGGUGCAGGCUAGCCUCGUGGAAUUCGCCUCGUGGAAGACGCAGCUGCUGUCCAUUGGCAGCAUUCACCAAGAGCUCCCAGAGACGUUCUAUUCCAGAUUCUCUGAGCAGCUGGAGAAGGCCGUCAACAAGGUGUUAUGUGCAGUGCAGAACCUGGUCAAGAGUAGGAAUGGCAAUAAGGAACAAGAGCAGCACCUCAGAAAAACCAGCAAAGAUGGCACGGAGGAGUCAGCAGAGGACCUGCUAAAGACUGGACACCUAACCAAACUUCUGGAGGAGAAUUUAAGUGAAGAAAUCUCUUUCCUCUCACUGCAAGAGAUUAACACAUCAAUGGAGAAGCUGCUGGGAGGACUUGGAUCCCACAGGGAUGCCUGCUCUCCUCAAUAUCUCCUGGAGCUGAGUGAUGCCUGCAGGCUGCUGGUUCGACUGCUGCCCAUGAUGAGCGUGUAUUCAGAACUGGUGCGCCAUUACCUGGCUAUUUCCCUAGGAGCCCACAGAAGCACGGGCAAGCUGCUCUCCGUCCUGGCCAGCAUCUUCACAGAGCUGGCCCAGAAGGGCUUCUGCUUACCCCAAGACUUCACAAGCAGUGGCGAUGGUGAGGGCGCUACACAGUUCCACGAUUAUGAAGGAGGUGGCAUUGGCGAGGGUGAAGGCAGCAAAGACGUCAGCGACAAGAUCGAAAACGAAGAGCAGAUUGAGGACAGUUUCCAGGAGGGGCAAGAGAAAGAGGACGAAGAACAGGCCAAGAGAGACGUUAAAGAAGAAGACAAUGCCAUAGAGAUGUCAGAGGACUUUGACGGCAAAAUGCAUGACGGAGAACUUGGCGAGGACAAUGAGGAGGACUCUGAAAAAGAGGAUGACAAAGAGCUGGACAAGAAAAUGGGAGACCUGGGAGAAGGCCAGACAGAAACGCUGGACGAGAGGAUGUGGGGUGAUGAAGACGAGGACGACCCUGAGUCCAGUGACAAAGAGGAGGAAUUCGGCGCAGGAAUGGAUGAGGGCGAGUCAGAGCUGGUAGCAAAGGAUGACAACCUGGAUGCUGGAGAUGCCAACAAAAAUGACAAGAAGAAACAGGACAAAAACAAAAAUGAGGAGGACACAGAGGAAGGGCAAGAUAAGAUUCAUGAGCAAACUGAUGAGCGAGAGUUUGACGAGAAUGAGGUAGACCCGUACCAUGGCAAGCAGGAGAAGAAACCAGACUCUGAGGCCAUGGACUUGCCAGAUGAUGUCAACCUGGAUGAGGGUGAUGAGCAGGCUGGGGAAGAGCAGGAAGGAGAAGAAGACAAUCCAUUUGACAUAGACGAGAUGUCCAUGGAGGUGGACGAGAAGGAAGGGUCGGAGGGCGAGGGUAAGGAGGAGGGGCCAGAGGGGAUGUCCGAUGAGCAGCAGGAUGACCAGGGUAAAGAGAUGAGCCAGGAGGGGGACAAACCUGAGGAGGAGACUGGAGAAACAGAAGGUGACAAAGAACCAGAGAGUAGCGAGAGUGCUGAGAAAGAGGAGGAGACAUCCAGUGAGGAUGAGAAAGACAAGGGGAACGAGAAAGGAAAAGAGGAAGACAAGGCCAUUCCGACUGACCAAGGCCAACAACUCAAGGAGGAAGAGCAGGAAACAAAGGAAGAUGAGGAACAGCCAGAGUCAGUGGAGAGGAAGGAGCACGAUACCGAUGGGCAGACAGGAGAGGAGAACGUGCAGAGCGAUACCGCGGUGGAACUGGCUGGAGAUGCAUCAGAGCGGGACCAAGCUAAGGAGGAACACGGGACAGGGGCAGCUGAUGCCAGUCAGUCCGAGGGUCACGAGUCCAAGCUGAUGGCACGGAUCUCCUCUCUGAAACAGAGCCAGAGCAAGACGCAGAGCUUCAAGAGAAAGCCGGGUCGGGCGGAUAACGAGAGGUCCACUGGUGACGACAGUGACCGGGUCAACAAGCGGCUGCGCAUGGUGGAGAGCGGGGAGGAGAGGCAGCAAGACUGCACCCGUGACCAGCGGGAGUCAGACCUGUAUGAGCACAUGAAGGAGGGCGAGCAGGACCACGAUGCCCAGACCUAUGAUGUUGCCAGUGCUGACCAGCAGAAACCAAAUGGAGCUCAGCAGCAAACUGAGAAAGAUGAAGAGGAGGAUGUUUCCAUGGACACGGAGGAACCCGAAGAAGAUCUGCAGAUGGUCGAUACCCAAGAGCUGAAGCCAGAGAAGCUAGAUACUACCAAGGCUUCACAGAAAGGACUGGAGAGCAGUGAACUGGAGGCUCAGAGGCAGCAGAAUGAUGACGAGGAGGAUAAGAGGUCAGAACAUGAAGAGGAAGAGGGAGAUGAAGAGCAUCCAGAGAGAAGCUGGGAGUCCAGCAUACACACUGUGCCUGAGCUGCUGCUGAUGGACCUCCACAAGACCCCAUUCAGGGACCCAGAGGAGCUGAGGAAGGAGCUAGAACAACAGCUGGAGGCCUGGCAGAAGCAGCCUCCUGGCACACAGGAUGAGGAGAGCACCGCCACUGCCAUGUGGCACCAGUACCAGCUGCUGACCUCCCCGCUGUCCCAGCAGCUGUGCGAGCAGCUGCGGCUCAUCCUGGAGCCCACACAGGCGGCCAAGCUCAAGGGCGACUACCGCACAGGCAAGCGGCUGAACAUGCGCAAGGUCAUCCCCUACAUCGCCAGCCAGUUCCGCAAGGAUAAGAUCUGGCUGAGAAGGACGAAGCCCAGCAAGAGAGAGUAUCAGAUAUGCCUGGCUGUGGACGACUCAUCCAGUAUGAUUGACAACCAUUCUAAACAGUUAGCCUUCGAGUCUCUGUCUGUCAUCGUCAACGCUCUCACUCUCCUGGAGGUGGGACAGGUGUCUGUGUGCAGCUUUGGAGAAACAGUCCAGUUGCUGCACCCCUUCCACCAGCAGUUCAGUGACCAGUCGGGUGCUCGAAUCCUGAGGCUCUGCCAGUUCCAGCAGAAGAAAACCAGAAUAGCACAAUUUUUGGAGGCCUCUGCCAGCAUGUUUUUCUCUGCACGGCAGCAGGCCAGCGGCCUCAGUACCACAGAGACCGCGCAGUUGCUGCUGAUCAUGUCCGAUGGCAGGGGGCUGUUCCUGGAGGGGAAGGAGCGGGUCACAGCGGCUGUGCAGGCUGCACGCAGCAGCGGCAUCUUCGUUAUCUUUGUGGUGCUGGACAACCCCAAUUCCAGGGACUCCAUCCUUGACAUCAAGGUGCCCAUCUUCAAAGGACCAGGAGAGAUGCCAGAGAUCCGCUCCUACAUGGAGGAGUUCCCCUUCCCCUUCUACAUCAUCCUCCGCGACAUCAACGCCCUCCCCGAGACCCUGAGCGACGCGCUGAGGCAGUGGUUCGAACUUGUUACAGCAUCCGACCAGUAGGGCUCCGAGGGUCCCCGCAAGGGGCCGCCGCACAGCCCAGAGGACUGCACCGCGCCGCACUGCUGCUAUCCCUCCGACACGGAGAGACGAGACAACCCAACUGAUGCUGUGUAUAUGUGCCUUUUCCCCUGGACUCUUUUAUUAGAUUUUAAGUGUUUCAUGGCCACCUGAUCUUCACUUCUCCUUUCUUUAAAUGAGAGACUUGUGUUACAUUGAGAGCCUCUUUUUUUUUUUUUUUUAUAUAUACAGGGAAAAAAAGGUGUCUACCAACUUUUGGACACUGCAUGACUGAACCUAGUGCGAUGUGAAAAUGCAAUGAGCUCACUGUGAAUGUGGGGAGCCCCUGAGUUUCUCUGCAGUGUGCGUGCUCUGGUUUGUCAGUUAACAAUGUGAAGCACACGCAUAUUUGAAGAGUUAAUGAAGAUGAUGGAGGACAGUGUGUUUUCUACUAAUAGUUUCUUUGUUGAUAAAACCUCUGCCACAGAUGUGUGGCGAAAAUGCAUGUUUGUUUGAGCCAUUUAAACAGAUUAACUGAAAAUGUGCCUUUUACACAGUUAUGACUCACCCUUUGAUACAAUGCCAGUGCCCACAAAAUUAAUGUAGAUUAACUUUUCAUGGAGCUCCACUGAGAAUGAAUAUUCCUGCCCCACGUAGCAGCUGUAUGUGAGCUCAUACUUGUAGAGGUUUAGGCUUCAAUUGUACAUCAGUAUUUUUAGAUGACGAUUAUCUAUGUAAACCUUUUGUAUAGUGACAGCUGUCAGUCUGUAAGGAUCAAAGAUGGUUCACCACUAUUUCUCCCUAUGCACCUUCAUGAAAAAAACAAUCCAGGUACCUUUAAAAUUUAACGUUGGAAAGUAUGGUAUAAAUAAAAUGUUGGAAC